AUGAGUACCCAUCCGGAAUCAUCUGAAAGGCCCGCAACAUCAUCAACUGAUUUGGCAAAUCUGGGAGCUCAGCUGAGCGAGGUUCUCAACCGGUUUAAUGAGCUAAGUGUUGAAAUGAUGGCCCAACGGCAUGUAAUCGAUCAAUUGGUAGCUAGUGGCGCUAGCGGUGAGCAGCAACAUGCACCCUUACCCCCGGGCCAAUCUGAACCAAUACUCUUACCAUAUGCUCAAAUCUCUGUUUCUUCACAAGCUAUGAAUCCACCCGAAGAAACCUUUACUUAUCCCACUCAUGGCCCAUCACCUACAUAUGCACCUCACAUCCAAACUAAUCCUCCUCAAGUCCAAAUUUCCCAGAAUUAUCCGCCCAUUACUGUGAGCAUGCCUUUCGAACCACAAGGACCACAUUAUUACGCCACUGCUGAACCAUUCACCCUAGAUACCGCCGUUCAAGGGAAAACUGAAGUUGAGGGGUCGUCCGUGCCCGUGGACAAGAAUUUACUAAAGAGAUUGGAUCGGUUCGAGGAGUUUAUAAGGAAAAGCCAAGGUGUGAGCAAACAAGGAGGUUUGGACUACAACGAGCUGUGCCUGUUUCCGGAUAUGCAGUUGCCGGUGGGUUUCAAAGCACCCAAAUUUACCAAGUACGACGGAACGGGGAAUCCCAAAACCCACCUUCGGAUGUUUGCAAACAAGCUGGGAAGACCAAUAGACGAUGAGAAUCUGCCGGUACGCUUAUUUCCCGAGAGUUUAGAAGGCGACGCGUUGGAUUGGUAUUCCAAUUUAAAGCCUGAAGAUAUGAAAUCUUGGAUGGAUUUAUCGACUGCUUUUGUGAGGCAGUAUGAAUAUAAUUGUGAGCUCGCUCCGACAAGGACCACAUUGGAGGGGACCAAGAGGAAGCCAUCGGAGGACCAUAAGACAUAUGCGAAGAGAUGGAGGAAAUUGGCCGCCAAAGUGGAGCCGCCUAUGACUGAAAACGAGAUUGUUCGCACGUUUAUUAAAGCUCAUGACCCACCCUACUUUGAAGAGAUUUUUCGUAUGACUGGGUGUUCCUUUGCUGAAAUUGUUAACAAAUUGGAAGAGUAUGACGAGUUUAUAAGGGCAGGCAAGAUUGUUAAUGUUUCCGCUUUAAAGUCACAGUUGGAAGCUAUGCAGAGUCAGAGUGGCAGUAGUAAAAAGGCUCAAUUUAAGAAGAAAGAUGAGGAAGCCUCUUUUGUCUGGGACCAGGGUUUUUCUUCUCGGCCUAGAUACCAACAAAAUCCCACCUACUCACCUCGUUACUUAUAUCAACCACACCCACGCCCUGUUUACAAUACCACUAUCAACCACCCCCGUCCUCGACCAAAUUAUCCAAACACACCAUCGACGCCAUUUCAUGUUUCUCCACCAAACUUGCAAAUUAGACCUCGCCCUCCUUUUAACCCAAGACCUAUUCCAUCUCCUAACCCAAAUUACCAGCACCAACAAACCCGUGACACCCAAAAUCCAACCCCAUACCGAACCUUUACCAAUCUAGGUCGACCUGUUGACCAGUUAUAUGAGCAAUUAAAAGCUGCUGGGAAGAUUGGUACGGUACCCCCUAAGACCUAUCCCAGGGGAUUUCCCCCUGGUUAUGAUCCUCAAUCGUUUUGCGCUUAUCAUUCGGGAUCCCCUGGACAUCCGACGGCCAAUUGCUGGGCACUUAAGCAUAAAAUUCAAGAUAUGAUUGAUGCUGGAGACAUAAUUCUGAGAAGGAAAGAUGAACAAGGGCCAAGUGUUAGCAACAAUCCUUUUCCUCAGCACAAGGAUACUGUGGGAACUAUCACCAUAGAGGAAGGGAUUGAGGACCCUACACAGUACAUUGUAGACGAGGCCGAGAUCAUGGGGGUCAUUGGAGAACCGUUUAUAUUGGAGGAGGAAGCCUAUAAAGUUGAAGAGAAUACUGAUCCUUUUAUUUUGGAAAUGAUACCCUUUGAAUGUGAGCCUUCGGAACUCGUGGUACUUGAAUUGCCUGAGCAAACUCCUGUUCUUAAUUUACAAGAGGUCCCGUGGAAUUAUAGCGAACCUACACUAUUAAUUGGAGAGAGGAAGGUGCCUAAGAAGGAAGUGGAUGCCAUCACUAGAUCAGGGAGAAUCAUGGGGGAGCCUGCAGUUGAUGAGUCCUCAAAAGCAAAAGAAGGUGCUACACCAACGAAACCCAUAGUGACGGAUGAAGAGGCUUUUAAUUUCCUUAAGAUGUUAAAGAAGAGUGAGUAUAAGGUAGUCGAGCAAUUGGACAAGAUGCCCGCUCAAAUUUCCAUAUUAAAUCUGCUCUUAACCUCAGAACUUCACCGAGAGGCUCUGGUCAAGGUCUUAACUGAGGCUCAAGUGCCUAAAAAUAUUCCAAUUGACAAAUUCGCCAAUGUAGUUGAACAUGUUUUGGCUUCCAGUCGGAUUUCUUUUUCUGAUGAAGAUCUAACUGCCGAGGGGAUUGGACACAACAAAGCUUUGUAUAUCUCAGUCCGCUGUAACGGGAAACUCUUGCCAAAGGUUCUGAUAGACAAUGGCUCCGCUCUCAAUAUCUGCCCUUGGAAUACUUUGGUUAAGUUAGGAUUUCAAGAGACUAAAUUGCGGCCGUCAACCACUGUGGUGAGAGGAUUUGAUGGCGCAAAAAGUGAACCAAUGGGGGAGGUGGAUUUAGUGAUAGAAAUCGGACCUGCCCAGUUUCAGGUCAUGUGCCAAGUCAUGAAUUUUUCAAGUGUUUAUAACAUUCUCCUUGGACGGCCUUGGAUUCACACCUCGGGCGCUAUACCCUCUUCACUUCAUCAGUUGCUGAGAUUUGUGGUGAAUGAUCAAUUGAUCACAGUUUUUGCGGAGGAUGAUUGCACAAUGAUUGUUAACUCUGGACCAAAUGAGGAGGAUAGUAAAACAUCUCUGUUUUCUUCUCACCAUGUGGCUGACAUUGUUUCCGUAGGAUGGAUAUCUAAGGAGAAGCCCGUGGUGGAAAUGAAUCUGCCAGAAGCUAGUGUUAUGAUGGCUAAAGAGAUGAUUUGA